AUGGCAAUAAAAGUAUUCCAACAUUUCUUGUGCAUUUGCCUCUUCUCAGUAGCCCUUCCUCUCCCUUCUCAUGCAAGCCAAUCAAAACCCAAGGCUGAAAAUCCAACAUCCUUCGACUUUAUUAAGCACUUGGAAGGAGGCCGGAAAGGCCUCCAACAACUCAAGACAUAUCUUCAGGAAUUUGGUUAUAUAAACUACUCCCCGAACAAAACCCGCGCCAAUGACAACGAUUUUGACAAUUCCUUGGAAGCCGCCGUCAAAACCUACCAGUUAAAUUACCGUCUAAAGACUACCGGAACUUUAGAUGCCCAAACGGCAAAAAAUGUGGCCAAUCACACCCAGAAUGCUAUCCACACUGUCUCUCAUUUCUCUUGCUUUAACGGUAACCCGAAAUGGCCCCCUACUCGGGACCGGCUCACUUAUGCAUUUGCUCCCAGAAUCAGCUCAGAUGCCGUAUCCGUUGUGGCCAAAGCAUUCAACACAUGGGCUUCCCAAACUCAAUUUAGAUUCUCCCAGAGUCAAAACUUCGCGACUGCGGAUUUUAAAAUCGGGUUCUACCGUGGUGACCAUGGGGAUGGGGCACCAUUCGCUGGGCCAAAUGGUGCCCUGACCCAUUCUUUCGCCCUACUUGAUGGGAGGUUGCACUAUAACGGGGAUCAGUCGUUUUCCGUGAACCCAAUUGUGGGCUCGUUUCAUCUAGAGACUGUGGCCUUGCAUGAAAUUGGGCACCUUCUUGGACUUCAGCGUAGCAGUGUCCAAGAUGCUAUCAUGUGGCCUUCCAUUCCUGCAGCAACAAUCAAAGGUCUGCAUGCUGAGGAUAUACAAGGAAUUAAUAAUUUGCAAGAUGUUGAGCCAGUUAGAAUUAGUUCUUUUGUCUUUCAGUGUAAUGUUUGA